UAACGGUAGACCCCGUGUGCUUUUGGGAGGAGGGGAACGUACACACGUACUAGGUUGACGAGAGCAUCGACGAGGAUGGAAAACAUUAACACGUCUCUGCAGAUGUCUUGCAGCCAGCACCAUAAUCUGAUGUCGACCGUCCACAAUUGGCGAGACAGGUUUCGACCCAGAACUUGCUUUGUUGAACGAGAUGGUGGCGUUCAAUUGUUUACGCCGCGAAGCAUCCCCGCACGAUCGCAAUCAAAACCUACCUCGUCGACAAUCCCCGAAGCUCAAUCCAGACUCCCCGCACUGCAAAAAAGCAACUGGGCUGAUGAUAAUAGCUUCACGUCAGCUGUCCGCCCGAUAAGAUACAAUUAGAUUUACUGCCUGCUCGCUCCUCUCCUCUACUCUGCCUUCCCACUGCUCUCUCGCUCGAGCGCCAC